CGUUUCCCAGUCGGCGGUGAAAGCUCGGUUCCCGGCCCUCCCGGAAGUUGUUGCACAGCCGUUUCCGGGUCGACUUGUACUGGAGGAUUCCAAAUGGGUCGCAGCCGUAGCCGCUCCCCACGGAGGGAGCGUAGGCGGUCCCGGUCCACGUCCCGGGAAAGAGAACGCAGGCGCCGAGAAAGGUCCCGGUCCCGGGAGCGAGAUCGGAGAAGAAGCCGCUCUCGCUCCCCACACAGAAGGCGUUCCAGGUCUCCAAGACGACAUAGAUCCACAUCUCCUUCCCCUUCUCGACUGAAAGAAAGAAGAGAUGAGGAGAAGAAAGAAACAAAAGAAACAAAGAGCAAAGAACGUCAGAUAACUGAGGAAGACUUAGAAGGCAAAACAGAGGAAGAAAUAGAAAUGAUGAAGUUAAUGGGAUUUGCCUCCUUUGACUCCACAAAAGGGAAAAAGGUGGAUGGCUCUGUAAAUGCCUAUGCCAUAAAUGUGUCUCAGAAGAGAAAGUAUAGGCAGUACAUGAAUCGAAAAGGUGGAUUCAACAGACCUUUGGAUUUCAUUGCAUGAGCUGAAUUGUUGAAGAAUGAUGUUUUUUCCCUCAUCUUAAGAACAGUGGAUUUUUGUAUUUAAUACACAUCAAAAACAGGAUCACAGUCCUUCCUCCUUGUAAAGUAAGAAAAUUUUAUUUAUGAUGUGUGUAGUUCACUUACCCUGCCUCAAGAAAAAAAAGUUAAAUAUUACAUUUUUUUCCUUUAGGAAAUAUCGUUUGGGGCAGUCAUCAACCCCAUUUUUUUGUCCUUAUUCCUAUGGAAACUGUAUAUGUUUUUCUCUUGGAUGCUCUUUAUGACUUUUUAAAAUACAUAAAAGUGAUUUGGAAGUAAGUUUCUCAAAUAAAGCAAUAAUUUCUA